GGCCGAUGGGGCGGGGGCGCUCUUGCCCGCACGGCGAGGCGUCAUAUGACCGCAGCACGGGGAGCGAGAGAGAGCCGCCGCCGCCGCUGCAGCCAGAGCCGGAGCCGGCCCGAGGCGCGGUCGCGAGAAGCGGGCGAGGGAGUGACUCCGCACCUGGGCCGCUGUCGGCGCUGCCCCCGUCGCCACCAUGCUGGCGCUGCUGUCCCGGCUGCUGGACUGGUUCCGCUCGCUCUUCUGGAAAGAGGAGAUGGAGCUGACGCUGGUGGGGCUGCAGUACUCGGGCAAGACCACCUUCGUCAACGUCAUCGCGUCGGGUCAGUUCAGUGAAGAUAUGAUUCCUACAGUGGGCUUCAACAUGCGGAAGGUUACGAAGGGUAACGUCACAAUAAAGAUCUGGGAUAUAGGAGGACAGCCACGUUUCCGAAGCAUGUGGGAGCGCUAUUGCAGAGGAGUUAAUGCUAUUGUGUAUAUGGUUGAUGCUGCAGAUCGUGAAAAAAUAGAAGCAUCUAGAAAUGAGCUGCACAAUUUACUAGACAAACCACAGCUACAAGGAAUUCCUGUUCUAGUGCUUGGAAACAAGAGAGACCUUCCUAGUGCUUUGGAUGAGAAGCAACUUAUUGAAAAAAUGAACCUGGCAGCUAUUCAAGACAGAGAAAUUUGCUGCUACUCUAUUUCUUGCAAAGAAAAGGACAAUAUAGAUAUCACACUUCAGUGGCUUAUUCAGCACUCCAAGUCUAGAAGAAGCUGAAAUCUUGCCAAUAACUCCCCACUUGGCCAUAAUCUCAAUUGUCUACUCUCUUCAUGAUGAAACGUUACCCAGGAUAGUCCUCCUGUAUCCAAGGAAUUGCCUUUUUUCACAGUUCAUGCCUCAUGUGCACUGCUGAAGACUUAUAUUCCUACUUGUCAUAAAGAAUUGCCUAGAGUUGUCAUGAGUUGUGCAAACGUUUUUAAGUUCAUCUAAAAAGUGGCAGUGGGUGCUUUUUUAAAAAAGGAAAAAAAAGCUACCGUUAAAAGUGUAUUUCUGCUCUGGUUGUCCUGAGCUAGAUUUUUUAUAUUUGAUUUUCAGCAAACUUAUUUAAUUCUUGUAUUUAGUGGCUCAUUGAAGUUGCUGACCAAGGGCAGCAUGAGGGUUCUAGCACCACUUUCUGUGCUUUAAGCUUUUCAAACACUGUUUAAAUGGGAUAUUAACUUGUCUCUCAGAUGCAUGUGAAAUGUAUUGUAAAAUGGUUUGCAAUGGAGAGUGCCAGGCUCUAGAUAUUAAAUCACUAAUUAACUUAUGCUUUUUUCAAGUUGUGAAGUUGUCUCAUCCCAAUGAAUUAGAAAUGUCAUACUGUUAUUUUGUAUCUGUUGUUCAUUGCUAAUAAAUUUUUUAGCCCACUUGAAAUUAAGCGGAAUAUGGAAUAGAGUACCUAAAAUGAAGGUUUUCAAAAGUUGGACAUUGAAAUAGGUAAAACAGAUUUUAAGAACUUCAGGCUAGAUUAACAAUCCCACUUUGUUCUUGGAAUGUUUUGCAAAGACUCUACAGCUGCAUGACACGUGAACAACUGGUGAUAGUAGGUGUCUCACUGAUUCCCAGCCCAAGAGAUUCUGUAUCACUGUCUGGCUUGUCAUUUCUUCUGUUCAUGGAAUAGCUGUGCACAGUUGUGCUUGGUGCUAGGAAACACCUAGACUAUUUGUGACAGCCCUAGAUCUGCCUUUUCUUUUGAUGUGUAAUCAUGUGUGAAGUCCACAGCCUGUGAAAUGUUAAAUGGAGUCUUGGAGCUCAAGAGAAUGGAUGAUCUGAUCUGUUUCUUGGUUAGCUUCUACAGUACAGAGGUGUAUGAACUGCAAACUGUAACAGUUCUCUUGUAGCUUUACCUUCUUGGCAGUGUCAAUAUUUAAAGGGACAUUUGUUAAGACUGGUUUUGUUCUUACAGUAAUGUUAAUGUACCCCACUGUGUGCAUAUAAAUAUAUGGGAUACCCGCUUGUGUUGCCCUUCACUGUGUGGAGUUUGUUUUUUCGACAACACUUGUAUGUAUGUGACUUGUAUUCUACAUUUUCAGAUCCUUGUUUAAUACAUAUUUGACAUACUUACAGGUAUGUUCACACUAUAUGCCGGAUGAGUUCAGAGGGUGAGUUUGAAGCAGAAGGCAUUUUAUAUUGGCUCAAGCACUACCAUGUGCCGUAUGUGACCCUUCAUUUGUUGCGAAAUAUCUCUGACCUUGUACAAGCAUCCCUGUGUUGCUCUUAAGAACCUUCUGCUGGAAGCCAUCAGAUCCCACAUUAGAGUAGUGUGCGGGAUGUCUGUACAAGGCUGUCAUACUCUCGCAAGAUGCUGGGAUAAUGCAGCAGUUGCCAAUCUGUCCUUGAGUACGUGGCAGCAAACAUUACAGGUGUUGUGUGUGCGUUCUUGCACCAAGUUAUAGUAGCUUUGCCCUCAGUAUUGAGCUAAGCUAAUACAUACAAUUUGAUUUAUGCUACCAUUGCCUUACUGUUCCCAUUCCAAUUAUUGUACUACCUCCAUUUGUGAACAAAGCUUGCAUUUGUAACUGCAGUGUGCUUCAAAAAAUCCUGUAAUCCCAUUGGUGCUGUAGAGAGGGUUAAUAACUUGCUACUGUAUUUAGCAGUUCACUGUGGACCUCUAUACUUGCUAGAGCAUCUCUGCUUGUGCCUAAGAUAAGAAAGUUGAAUUAGAAUGUGUCAGCCUUUCCUGUGGGGAUCAAAUUAUUGUCUACGUAAUUGGCCUAUUGCUGAACUCAAUGUGUGUUGGGGUGGGGUGGUGGUGGUUAGUGUAUACUUCACAGCUUUCAGCAUUUGACAUUCAGAAACUACUAUCUACUUUUAAACCUGUGCAUUAAUCUCCGCAUGUGAACAACUUACACAUUUACCAAACUGUAAAUAUGUGAAUUUUUUAUUUGGGUGGAUUGCAUUUUGUUGGUUUAUUGCUCUUCAGCUUUAUCCAAUAAACUUACAUUUUCAGGGUCA